CCUCCUAAACUGGAAAAGCCUGAUGGGCAAAACACUCGUUCCAUGAGUUAAUUAAAUUACUUCUGUGUAAGGUGUGUUGAACAGCCUAGCAAUCUCCUAUCAACAUGGACGGCUACGUUGUUAUGGAUCACAGGGCACAGAGGUUCAUCAGUCAAUGGGAGUUCAAUGCUAGAGCUCCUGAUGAGAUCAGUUUUAAACCAGGAGAGCGCUUCCAGAUUUUGGAGAGGACAGGAGAAUGGUGGCUGGCGACUAAGCUAGAUGCCAGUGGGAACCAAAUCGGUAAACCAGGAUAUGUGCCACAUAAUUACCUUGCCGAGGAAGGUUCGGUAGAAGAGCAACCAUGGUACUUUGGAGAGGUGUCCCGCACCGAGGCUGUAAAUCUACUGAUGAAUGAAGGGAAUGGAACGGGAUCCUUCCUGAUCCGUGCCAGUGACAAGCAGGGUUUCCCGUAUGCACUUUCAGUUCGCAGUGAGGACUCCGUAAAGCAUUUUAAGAUAUUGAAGAACACCAAAGGAGAGUAUCAUCUGAGCAGCGUUUCCUCAUUCCCAAACCUGAUGAAACUUAUUGAAUAUUUCUACACAAAAACUGUAUGCCCAGGACUGACCCUUACAUCCCCCUGUGUGAAGAACGAGCCGCCAGUCUGUGACCUGACCCCUCUGCCCCUGGACGAAUGGGAGAGAUCACGAGAUGAGUUCACAUUUGUCAAAAGGCUGGGAUCAGGAAAUUUUGCCCAAGUGCAUGAGGGUUACUGGAAGGGACGUAUCCAAAUGAAGGUGGCCAUCAAAACCAUCAAGCAUGAUAUGACCACCCGUGAAAUAUUUAAAAAAGAGACAUCCUUCCUGAAGACACUGCACCACAGGAAUCUCCUUUCCCUCUAUGCUGUGUGUUCUGUGGGAGACCCCUACUACAUUGUUACAGAGCUUAUGCCUAAGGGAGACUUGCUGAAUUUCCUGAGGGAUGGUGAAGGAAAUCGACUGGCUGUAGAUGCACUUUUGGACAUAGCUCUCCAGAUUGUUGAAGGGAUGCACUAUUUGGAGACUCAAAACUGUAUCCACAGAGACUUGGCAGCCAGAAAUGUCCUUGUGGGACACAACAACUUAUGUAAAGUCGCAGAUUUCGGACUAGCCAGAAUAGUAAAGGAUGACUUUUAUCUGUCCAACUCUAUUGAAGUUCCUUACAAAUGGACAGCUCUUGAGGCACUAUUAUAUGGCCGUUACACCACUAAGUCUGAUGUCUGGUCUUAUGGCAUUUUGCUGUAUGAGAUUAUUUCACGAGGAAUGAUACCAUACGCAGGAAUGAGCAAUCCAGAACUGAUUCCAUAUCUUCAAAAUGGUCAGAGAAUGAGCGCACCUCCAAACUGCUCCAAAAACAUUUAUAACAUUAUGCUAGAGUGCUGGAAAGAUGACCCCAAGGAGAGGCCAAACUUCAGCAUCCUAAGAGGCACAUUAGAGAACCUCUCCAAUUAUGAGCUUACUGAAUGCAGUCCUAAAGAGAGCAAGUUCAACUUUAUACGCAGGGGCAAGAGAUGAGAACUUGAUUAGAUAGGUCCCACUGAUUAGUGUUGCUUUGGUAUCACAUUAUCAUCAUCUCAUAGCUGAGUGCACACUGUGAUAAAUACCCCUUUUUCUAAUACCAGCAUUUCGCAAGAUGCCCCAGAGUCUUUAUCAACAAAUGGCAUUUGCUUAAAGGGGCAUGAAACUAAAAAUAGAUAUUUUCAUGAUACAUGAGUCAACUCCAUUGCUGACUUUACUUCUUUCUCUUGGUAUCCAUUGUUGAAAUUUAGCUCCUCUCGAUGACAGCAUAUUGAAGUUGGCUCAGAACCGUGCACAUUAAUUGAGCAUUAUGCCAGUGAUGUUUGCAACACUGUAAACAGUGCUGCCAUAUAGUGCUCAAUAAGUGUGCACGCUCUGUAAUGGAAAAGAGCUAAGUUACUAUAAAAGUUACCAAUAGAAAGAAGUUUAAUUUUGACUGCAAUGUCCUUUUAGAAGUUGAGUUCAUUGGAUAGAAUUUUCCCCAGAGCUGAGGAUAGUUAUGUUUUGCCCUUUGCUGAAAGCAAUAACCUCAUAUUUUAUUUACUCAAGCAAAACUGUUUUUAUAGUUGAGCAGCCCAUCAUGAGAAUUAGAAUAAAGAUAUUAUUUAUACCAGCUUUUUCCUAAAAUAAAAAAAAUGUAUUGUAUAUUUAUGUCACAAUAAGGAAAAAUGUAAAUAAUAUUUAAAGAUUUUAAUAUUUUGAAAAAAUAAAAUAAGUAUUUGUUAUAAA